CAAAGUCAGAGCCGAGGUCGCAACGUGUCACGAGGUGGCACCUUUCUUGCGCUAAAGACAGCAAGCCGCCAUGAGUAGCUGGAUCUGGGGCGCCGACGACACCGUGGACCAGGCCAACCUCGUCGUGCAGUCGCUCCAGAGCGAGCUCGACGAGCGCCAGGCGACGAUCGAAGCGCUCGAGCGCGCCCUGCGCCGGGAGAAGCAGCAGCACCUCCAGGAUCUGCGCGACGAGGUCGAGGAGCUGCGCCAGCGCCGCCAAGCGCUCGCCCGCGAAAUGCUCGAAGUCGACGUGCUUCUUGCGAGCAAGGAGGCGUUCCUCAAUGGCACACUCGAGAAGAAGCCCAAGUCGUCCAAGCCCAAGGCCACCGCCGAGCCGGCGUCGUCGCCGCCGCCGACCGACGCACCAUUGAUGACAGUCGCCGAGCCCGAAGCCGAAGUUGCUCCGGCCGCGACGCCCGAAGCCGCGCCGCUGCCGUGCAACGCCGAGCUGGAAAAAGUCCGGGGUGUGGACCCGUCGACGGCCUUUAUCAUCCAGCGGAGCAAUAACGCCAACACGGUCGUGUACAAGGGCAAUGUCGGCAGCGCGUCGCGGCUGGACCCGAAGAACCCCCUGCACAUUUAUUGGAUCAUGUACGCGCAGCAAGGCCCGCCGUACCCGACCGAAGAGCUCAACAUGAUCGAACGCAACACUGCGUACGGCGCAACAUGCUCGCCUGGGGCCGCGCCCCACGAGUAUGACGUGGCACUCGCGUCGCUCAAGGACCGCGCGAUCGUGCUGUUGCACGACGGCAGAAGCGUGCGCGCGCGGACGACGAUCAACGGCCGGCCAAACGUGUUCCUCGAGCGUGUCUACGUGCAGUCGACCACGAGCUGGGGCCUCCCGAAGGUCGAGUUUGUCGAGAUCUUUGGCGUCGACCCCGCGACGAACGAGCUCGUGUACGAGAAGAAGCUACCGUAACCCUCUCAAUACACUGGCGUGGUACG